ACAACAAUACAACAGGAGUCAAGAGACAAUUAUUGUGCCAAUACUUGAAUACCCUACUCACUACUCAGCCAGAUUCUGGCAAUGUGUCAGUUCCGACCUGAUUCCGUCAAGAAUUUUGUAUUCCAAGUAGCGGCGGCUUUUACAGCGUGUGCAAGGACAUGGACAACAUUAGUUUUUUCCCCAACGGAAAUGCUAGCUUUGUACUAGUAUUAAAUUUAGAGCUCUGUCUUGAUACACGUGCUUGUCAAUUUAAAGGUGGCGGACCCCUUGACUCGGUGCAUUUCCUGCUGUAUGUGUUGAUUCACCACUACACGAGAAAUGGCAAAGAAUCAGCAACAGAAAGUUCAUGCAAUUAUGAUUCCCUACCCUUUUCAAGGCCAUGUCAUUCCUUUUGUUCAUCUUGCCAUGAAGCUUGCCUCAAGAGGCUUCACAAUCACCUUUGUCAACACUCAUGUUGUUCACCAGCAAAUUUCUCAAGCUCAGACCAACAUGACUAGUGCCCAUGAUAUCUUCGAUGAGGCCAGGAAGUCGGGGCUAGAUAUUCGUUAUGCAACUGUUAGUGAUGGUCUGCCAUUGGAUUUGGAUCGGUCUCUUAACCAUGACCAGCACCAGGAGUCUCUGUUGCAGGCCUCUGGCUCUCAUGUUGAUCAACUUAUUGGAAAGCUGGUAGCUGAGAAUGCAGAUGCUCCGGUCACUUGUUUGAUUGCCGAUACCUUUUUUGUAUGGCCUUCACUCAUUGCUAAAAAGUAUAAUCUUGUUUAUGUUUCAUUCUGGACAGAACCUGCCUUGGUGUUCACUUUGUAUUAUCACUUGGAUCUCCUUAAGCAGAAUGGUCAUUUUGCUUCCAAGGAUAAUCGUCGUGACACCAUAGACUACAUACCUGGAGUUGAAGCAAUUGAGCCAAGGGACCUGAUGUCAUAUCUACAAGCGACUGAUAUAACAACGGUCCUGCAUCGGAUCAUUGACAAGGCAUUUGCGGAUGUGAAAAAGGCAGAUUUUGUUAUAUGUAACACGGUCCAAGAGCUUGAACAAGACACACUCAGUGCAUUGAAUCAAAAGCAGCCAGUUUAUGCAAUUGGUCCCAUUUUGGCUAAUGAUUUUGCUAAGACAAAAAUAGCCAUGAGCCUGUGGUCAGAAUCAGACUGUAGCCAGUGGCUCAACACUAAGGCCAAUGGUUCUGUUCUGUAUGUUUCAUUUGGUAGCUAUGCUCAUGUUAGUAAACAUGAUAUAGUGGAGAUAGCCCACGGGCUUUUACUCAGUGGAGUCAACUUUGUUUGGGUGCUAAGGCCUGAUAUUGUAAGUUCUGAUGACACUGAUAUUUUACCAGAAAAAUUUGAAGAGAAUGCUAGACAAAAAGGUUUGAUUGUGCCAUGGUGCCAUCAAAUUGCUGUACUGUCACAUCCCGCGAUAGGAGGUUUCUUAACUCAUUGCGGAUGGAAUUCAAUCAUGGAAAGCAUAUGGUGUGGCAUUCCAUUGAUUUGUUUUCCUAUAUUGACAGAUCAAUUUACUAAUAGAAAAUUAGUGGUGCACGACUGGAAGCUUGGAAUAAAUUUGUGCAACGAAAAGACGAUAUCAAGAGAGCAAGUGUCAAAAAACAUUGCUGGCCUGAUGUGCGAUGAAAUAUUGAAUACUAAGUUGAUGAACGAGAUGAAGAAAGUGAGGAGAACACUAGAGAAUGCUACAGAUGGAUCCUCGGACAAAAAUUUUGAGGAUUUCAUCAAUGCUGUGAAAGUUAAUAUUGUUAGUAGAUAGAUUCAUUAACCUGGCUAAGUUGUCAUCUGAUGCUCUUAUUACUCGUGUACUAGAAUGUUUGCUAUCGUUUUAGUUGCUACAUGUGCAAAAUAAAUUUGUGGUGAUAGUCUGGAAGAGCUUAAAGUAAUCGACCAGUUCAACCGUUGAAUGAAGACGUGAAUUUGUACUAUA